AUGUAGCUCUUACCUUAAAGUUUUUAAUCAAUUUGCACUCCCAUGUUUGAAAUUGCAGCUGUGGUUCACUCUGUGACUGCCUGUCUAACUCAGUGAUUAUUCCUCUCUAUCUACACUUCAGGAAGUGGGUAAAGAGUUAAUAUUCUGACAGGAGAACAGAGUUUGUGAGUGUACGGGCAGACAACAGCAACAGAAGGAUAAGAGGGUGCGAGAAACGAGAGAGGAUAUAAACAGGGUACAAGAGGCUAGAGGAGAGCACAAUAAAGGCAAACAACAUAGAAGACAGAGAACAAACGAAGGAGAGUGUUUUGGAGCAGACACUGGAGGAGGAUUAAUAGGAAAACAUAACACAAUGACAUACCGGCUGUUUGAGGGCAAGGAUCACGCCUCUGUCUACCAAAAGUACCGCUUUACACCUCCAGAUGAGCUCAAGAACAUCGUUCUUCAAUACCUUCAUAAAAAGAAGGGACAGCCACAUGUGCUGGCGGUGGAUCUGGGAUGUGGGACUGGUCAAAAUUCCCGGCUUCUGGCACCACACUUCCAGGAGGUGGUUGGCAUCGACGUUAGUGAGUGUCAACUGGAGGAGGCCAGAGCUGUGUCAGGAUACCCUAACAUCACAUACAGGCAGGGGAUGGCAGAGGAGCUCCCAUUUCCAGAUGGCUCUGUGGACUUGCUGACAGCAGCAUCAGCAGCCCACUGGUUUGAUCAGUCAAGAUUCCUGGAUGAGGCAUGUCGGGUUUUAAAACCGAGGGGUUGCUUGGCUCUGUUGAGCUUCAGUGACACUAACACCAGACUUUGCUACCAGGACUGUGGAGAAAGACUCAAUUGCAUUUAUAAAGAGGUGAAGCAGGUGCUGUUGCCAUACACAAACCAUCAAGUAGCUGUCUGUGAUGGUAAGCUGAAGGAGCUCUACUCAGCCAUCCCUUUCCCUGACAAAGAGAGGAUUGAGCGUAUUCGGGUGAGCUCGUCAAUCUCGGUGAGGAACCUAGUGGGGUUCAUUGAGUCCUUUUCCAUGUUCCAAGGUUACAAGAAGAGAGAUCCCCGGACUGCUGAAGACCUGCUGCUUAACACUCAGAAGAGGUUUCUGGAGGAGAUGGGAGUCACGUCUCCUGACACUGAAAUAAAACAGGAACUUGAAUAUUUCUGUGUCCUGGCAUCAAAACCAAUAUAA